GUGGAUCAUGAGCGCCCAGGUCAGUCAGGGUCCCCUGAACACUGUGAGAGUCAUUACCUUAAUGGGACUGAAAAGGAGGCAAAGGAGAAAAAAAGUCCCAACAGAAGUGGAAUGUCCGCCGAGAAAGCACCAAGUGGAAUCCCUGGAGCUCCCUGCAGGCAGGACGAGGGUGGCCCAGCUACUUGCCAGUCAUCCAAAUGUGCUGAAGCCCAGCAAUCCUACAAGGUGUCUUCAGUCUUGGAAUCCAGAAGUAGCCACGAUGCAACCAAGGAGGAGGGAAAAGAGGAAAAGGAGAAAAAAGCCUUACUUGAGAAUCCAGACAUCCUACCAUCGGUCAGGAAGAAGUCCCGCACCUCCUACAAUGCAGAGCAGCUAGAAGAGUUGGAGAGGGUGUUCCAGGAAGACCCCUAUCCCGACACUGAGAAGAAGAUGGAGCUUGCAGCUGCAUUUGGUGUGAUGCCAAAGCGAAUCCUGGUCUGGUUUCAGAAUCGCAGGGCAAAGUGGCGGAAAUUGGAGAAGCUGAAUGCAAAAGGCAACAGAAAACAUCCAACAUCGUCACCUCUGUCACAUGAUUAUGGGUGGGGGACCUACUCUGUUUUCUCAUCUUUCCACAACAGGGCACCUCCUCUGCCUGUGCCUCCGCUGCCUGAUGUUGCUCGUGACCAAUCUGCCGUGCUGGGAGGAAACGCUGCAGCUGGGAACUGCUCCAGCCUGCUCAGAGCACAGCUUGCACCACUCUCCUCUGCCUCAGCCUCCUCGGUGGCAGGAACAGUGGCAUCUUGUGGAGAAGUUCAGGCGAAGAUGUCGCUACAGCUCGGCUUCAACUCCAGCAGAGUGGACAGCUUCAACUCCAGCAGAGUGGACAGCUUCAACUCCAGCAGAGUGGACAGCUUCAGCUCCAGCAGAGUGGACAGCUUCAGCUCCAGCAGAGUGGACAGCUUCAACUCCAGCAGAGUGGACAGCUUCAACUCCAGCAGAGUGGACAGCUUCAACUCCAGCAGAGUGGACAGCUUCAACUCCAGCAGAGUGGACAGCUUCAGCUCCAGCAGAGUGGACAGCUUCAGCUCCAGCAGAGUGGACAGCUUCAGCUCCAGCAGAGUGGAGUGCUUCCCGAGCCUCCCCGGCCCUCCUCCCGUCCGCAGGACCACCAACCUGUCCUUCAGCCUCCACAGCCCUGCUGUUCCCAUGGCGCUGGACAUUCCCAACAGUGAAUGCUGGUUGUCCAGUCAGGAAAAUGGCUCCAGGGAGGCCUUCACUUACAACAUCCAGAAUCAAGGCUUUAGUCCACCACCCUCCUGCCCUUACCCUGAGCAGCUGGAGACUGCAGGGAACCUGGAGACCACGUACUGCCAGUCCAGCAGCCAGGGGGGAAUUUACCAGCUGUCCCAAUAUUCCCAGCAGCACCAGCUCUCCCAGUUCUGCCAACUGCCAGAUCACCUGGCCACCAAUUUGCUCUCCAGUGACCACCUCCCUCCUCCAACACCCCCUGAGUCCCAUUCAGCUUUCCUGGCCUUACCUGGUAACACUGGAGCAGUAACCUAUGGAGCCACACAAGGCUAUGGACAAAACCACAUGGAGGAACAGCUUGUGCUGCAGCAGUCAAGUGGAAUCUCAGCAGACACCACUGCCUAUCAGGCUGUCCCUUGGAGUGAUUUCUACAUGCAGGAAGCUCAGUUCUCAAAUCAGCUGCACUCCCAAAUGCCAUUUUUUAGCACAGCAGAAGGACAGAACUUCACAGAGCCAUCUCUUCUUCAAGUGCCCAAUGGAACAGCACUGGGAUCCAUGUCACAGGCUGGAAAGCAAAAGGGAGUCACACCAGAUCAGAGUUCAAACCAGAGCCACCAAACAGAGCCAGAGCUGGCAUGGCCAUGGCUCGCUGAAAGAGAGAUGAUGUAGAGUGUUGUAACAAGAAAGGAGACACCACUGUUGGUAACUGAAAGGCCAGCUGAUUCUUUUUUUGGGGGGGAAAGGAAAGAAUUCCAAGACAGCAGUAGCUCCUAUGAAUGCAGGAUCAAAACUGUGGCAUGAAUGGGAAUGGAACUUCCUUUUUUCUGGUCUGCCAUCCGAGGCUGGUCCCGUUAUCCUGUACCUGGUUCUUAGAUUCAUCUGUUCAUAGAAAGGGGGACUUAGAAGUCAGUAAAAUAGAUGCCAAAGUUCUGUCUUCUCUCAGACAACGUCUGUUGUGAGCUGAAUGGCUGCACAGGACUGACAAUUUCUAAGAUUUCCAGAGGUAUAAACACCUCUCUUCAAGGCAGAACUUCUUCAGCACGAGAGGGGAAAAGGGAAGAGAAGAGAGAGCUUUCUGUCUGGAUUUCCAUUUCCAGGCUUUUUCUUUUUUGGAAACAAGAUUAUCCUACUUUCGAACGGUUGAAAGGUGUCAUAUGCCUUAAAUAUUCUUUGGAUGUGUAUGGGGGUAUAUGUGUGUCUAAUUUUGAAAUAUGAGACAUUUGAAAAAUCCAAAGUAUUUUGUUCUAUAGUUUUCCAUUGUCUUCUUUCCCCC